AUGGCGGAUGGUGUCAUCCCCUUCAAGUCCUCGGAGCUGUAUUACAACCGCACCCAGAGCGCCUUGUCUGGAGUGGACGUCACGAAUUUCUUUCGCUUCUUCGCUGUCCCUGGGAUGCAACAUUGCUGGGACACGCCAUCGCCUCUGGCCUUUGCGCCAAGUAGAACCACCGUCGACGCGCCUUGGAUGUUUGCCGGGGGAGCACAGGCAGGAUAUCUCCAGGACUUCGGAUUUGGCAACGGUUGGUCGGUGCCUGGCUUUGAGAACAAUUCUCGGUACGACGCAUUUGCUGCUCUGAUGAACUGGGUCGAGCAAGAUGUCGCGGUCGACAGCGUCGUGGCCACAAUGUGGAAGCGAGGCAACGGAACGGUCUAUACCUCCGGAGAGGUUCUUCGACAAAGACCGAUUUGUGCUUGGCCAAAGAAGGCAGUCUUCAUAGCUGGAUCUGCGGACCCCGAUUUAGAAAGUAGUUGGUAUUGUGGUUGA